AUGUGGUCAUUUUUCUCACGAGAUCCCACCAAAGACUUCCCCUACGAAAUUGGGGAACCGGUCGCUAAUUUUGAAAAUAAAAGCAUUUGGACACUUCAUCGGGCUAGAAGAAAGGGUUCCACGGGCGAUUCAGAAGUUUCUGUAUUUGUUUUCGAUGUGAAAAAUGGGGGUGAAUAUCAACUCGAAAUAGCACGAGCUGCAGUGAAAAGAUUAAAAACUCUUCGACACCCGAGUAUACUGGCAUAUCUUGAUAGUUUAGAGACAGAGAAGAUGGUUUAUCUCGCAACAGAACGAGUUGAACCUUUGCAAAGUCGACUUUCAAGAAUAACCGAAAUUAGCGAAGGAUCUAAGAGGGAACUUUAUUUUUCAUGGGGAAUAUUCCAGAUAACUAGGGCUCUGAGUUUUUUAAACAACGAUGGAAAUUUGAGACACAAUAACGUGAACAUGUGGUCAGUUUUCGUGAACGAAGAAAGUGGAGAAUGGAAACUCGGUGGUGUUGAAUUCAUGACUGCAGUCGAUUCUUUUUAUACAAUGUUGCCCCCUGCUCUCCAAAAUUACCGCCCACCCGAAGCCAAAGAAAGUUAUAAACCCGCUACGAAGUGUUCCAUCGACAUGUGGGGACUUGGAUCUCUAAUAUGGGAAGCGUUUAAUGGCCCUCUUUCUUCCACGAUGAACCUCGAAGCAAAGGACCAGAUUCCAAAACAGCUACUGACAGUAUACCGAGAAUUGACCGGACUGAAUCCAGAGGGAAGACCGAAUCCUGCAGACGUAAUUGCGCGUUGUAGAAGCAACGGAGGAUUUUUCAAAAACGACCUAGUGGACGCUCUCCUCUUCCUGGAGGAAAUCCAAGUCAAGGAAAGAAGUGAAAAGGGUCGAUUUUUCUCACAACUUGCGGGACAACUUGACACUUUUCCGGAAGGAGUCGGCAGGUACAAAAUUCUGCCUCUUUUGAUGGCAGCUUUUGAAUACGGAGACGCGGGCAGUGCCGUUCUUCCUCCUCUUCUACAACUAGGUCGUCAGUUGCCCGACGCAGAAUAUCAGAAACGGGUCGUUCCCUGUGUCGUAAAAUUAUUCGCUUCGAACGACAGAGCGACGAGGCUUCACCUUUUGAGGCAACUUGAUCAAUAUGUCAAUCACUUGCAGUCUGCGACUGUUAACGACGCUAUUUUCCCCCAGGUUGCUCGAGGUUUUUUGGAUACGAAUCCAACAGUACGGGAGCAAACUGUGAAGUCUAUUGUUUACUUGGCACCAAAGUUAGAUUACAAUAAUCUCAAUGUGGAAGUUUUGAGGUACUUUGCGAAGCUACAAUCGAAGGACGACCAGGGCGGCAUCAGAACAAAUACGACAAUUUGUCUUGGGAAGAUCGCACAACAUUUGCAUCCUCAAAUCAGACAGAAGGUAUUAGUAGGGGCAUUUAUUAGAGGAACGAGAGAUCCAUUUCCUCCAGCAAGAAGCGCAAGCAUUUUGGCAUUGACAGCAACGCAGCAAUAUUAUUUACUCCAGGAAGUGGCACAGCGAAUUUUGCCGGCUUUAUGUCCCUUGACUACAGAUUUGGACAAGGGAGUGAGGGACAAUGCAUUCCGGACGAUACGCGGAUUUCUUUCUAAGCUUGAGAGGGUUUCUGUUGAUCCGAGUCUUCGUGAAUCCAUGGAGGCGGAUGUAAAUACUGCGACUCCUAGCCUGAGUAAUGCAGCAGCGACAUGGGCCGGUUGGGCCGUAACUGCCGUGACUGCGAAAUUCUAUCGAAGUCAAUCGGAUACUCCUAGAUCGUCCAAUGCCAGAAUUUUAUUGAACAAGCCUGCAUCCUUAGAACAAGCAAGUAGUUCCCAAAGUAGUGCGAGCACGACAGCGACGACGAGUAGUGCGACAAGUAUGACUUCUUUAGAACAUGACCACGAUCACGAUCCCCAGGUCAUGCCGAUUGCGACAGCAGAAAACGAUUGGGAUUCCUGGGAAACUGGAGAUUGGGGUGAUUUGGAACAACAACCUUCGACCGGAGCUUCAGCGAACAUGAGCAAUACCUCGCCUUCUUCUCAUUCUCCGCAAGCUCACGAACCUUGGAUUAGCCUCGAGGAAAAACCGAUGCUUUUUGACUCUCAAGAUGUCUAG